GAACUUACCCUUCUCAACCAGGAAUCAUCUGUGCUUACGGGUCUAGUAGUGGUUAUCAUUGUGGAAAUCUUGUCGCCUUGAACAAAGUUGAUUUAGGAACCAAUGGUUUUGAAAGCGAAGGAGAUUUAGGCGGUCCAGUUGAUCCUAAUCAUAAAUUAGUUUACUAUACGCCACUUGGAAUAUCCUUGGCAGCAAUAUUCGGAAAUGAUGAUUUCAAUAAACAAGGAGUUAAUGGUUUACUAACUUCGGCUCAAUGUUGUGUAAAUAACAAUUGCUUAAAUGGCAAUAUUUUUGAUAGUGCUUAUGAAAACGAAGAUGAUGGCAAUUUAACCAAAAUAGGUCAAGUUCAUGAUGCUCAAUUCGGCGGUGCUAGUGGCUUAGAUUAUGCUUUUGUUUCCUUGGAUUCGGUUGAUUGGAGUCCUUUUAAUUAUACGGCUGGGUUAACUGCUCAUGAUAACAUUAAUCAUGGGACAAUAACUGAACUUUACCCCGUGACUUCUGAUUUUACUCCCACUGAACCUGGACUGAAAGUUUGUGCUUUUGGUCAAGGAAGUGGUUAUUUGUGCGUUGAUUUAGGAACCGAAGGAAUGGUAAGUCAAGAAGACCUUGGCGGACCAGUUUAUGCACAAAGCAAUAAUAGUGGAACAACAACUGCCCAAGCUUUAGGUCACAUUGUGGCUACUAAUAAUGAUGAUCCUAACCACAAAUUUCUUUAUUAUCUGCCGAUAGAUAAAGAGGGUAGUAGUAGAUGUAUUACUGGUUUUGCAGUAAAAAAAAAAGGGUUUAUUUAUGACUCUCCCGGCAUAUUGACAGCAGCUCAUUGUUUUAUCAAUAGUAAUAAUGGUAAGUUAGAGACAGGGGUUAAUGUUUUUGUAGGAGACAAAGACAUAGGAUAUAAUGACAUGGCGAAGUAUGGAGAUAAAGAUGGUAAUGAUUAUGCUUUUAUAGACACUGCAAUAACAUCAGUUGUUACUCCUGAAAUAGGAACUGAAGCGUGUGGUUUUGUGGAAGAAAUUGGAUUAGCUUGCGGAAAGAUUAUAAAUCGUGAUAUGCAAAUAUGGGGAAAAAAUCCAGGAACAAAUGAGCUUUCAAUAAAAAAAGGACUUUAUGUUAUAGAUAUUGAGAAAAAAUCUUUUAAGAAAGAAGCUUUUGGUCCUGGAAGUAGUGGUGCACCUAUUUUUGUUAGAACUAGUGGUACUACUGUUCAAGCACUUGGUAUUAUCGCGGCCGGUGAUGAUGAUGGAGAAAAAAUUACUGUCUACGUCAUGCCAUUAUCAAAAAUAUUUAGUGAUUCCAAACUUAAACUGGUGACUACUAAAGAUUGCAAGAGUAAAUCUGUUCAAAUAAGAGAAAAACAAGAAGCUAAAAUCGAAAUUCCUCCUAAAUAA